AGGCGCAAUAAUGAGUCGAACAUUGAGCGAUGUGUGCAUCUGGUGAAUGCAGGGUACAAAUUCCGUAUCUGGAGGUUAUGAGUCACCAUAUAAUUGCAUUGUACUUAAUCGCGAAGUAUUUCAGUUGUACAAUCAGUCGUUUAAUAUUGGAUUAGAAAAGCGGUUCGUCGAUACUUGAGAUCGCGCGUCUAGAGAAUAAAGGUUUAUUAUUGUUUCAAUUUUGAACAAAGGUACAUCUUCCUAUUUUUAUUGAAAAACGAACAAAAAAAAAGCAACAAAUGAGUGACAAUAGUAGAACCAUCGCUGAACUAACGCCAGGGAAAUCAAGCUGGUUCAGUUCAAGUUGGAUAUCAUGGAAUAAGUAUUCGGAUAGUAUGUUACGAGCAGUGGAAAAGAAGAUAUUGCAAUAUUGUCGUACUGUAUACAGAGGAUGUUACGUGGACGUAGGACCGGUGGUGGGACCAGCAGACAAAAUAUGGACGAUAUCGAUGAACCAGGAUUCAACGAAAACCCCACUUGUCCUUCUGCAUGGAUUGGGAGCCGGUGUUGCUCUUUGGUGUCUGAAUCUGGACAGCUUUGCAGCUACGCGACCAGUUUACGCUAUUGAUGUACUGGGCUUCGGUCGCAGCACUAGACCUAAAUUCAGCACGGACGCCAUCGAAGCUGAGCAGCAGCUCGUAAAAUCCAUUGAAGAAUGGAGGAAGGAGAUGAAAUUGGAGAAAUUCGUCCUGCUGGGACACAGUAUGGGAGGUUUUCUAGCAGCAUCGUACGCCAUCACACAUCCUGAUCGCGUUAAGCAUUUGAUCCUGGCUGAUCCAUGGGGAUUCCCCGAGAGGCCUCCAGAUUAUGCGCGCAAAGAGAUCCCCUUCUGGGUCAAAGCUAUCGCUUAUACGCUGCAACCACUGAAUCCGCUUUGGGCUGUGAGAGCCGCCGGACCUUUAGGUCAAUGGGUUAUAAACACGGCACGUCCAGACAUCACCAAGAAAUUCUCAGUUUUUGUUAAAGAUGAAUAUCUUAUCACACAGUACCUGUACCAGUGUAAUUCUCAGUCCCCAAGCGGCGAGGGUGCCUUCCACACUAUGAUGUCAGGCUUCGGCUGGGCCAAACAUCCGAUGGUAAAUCGUAUUGAUGGACUCGCCCCAGAGGUGCCCAUUACGUUGCUGUACGGUUCACGCUCUUGGGUAGACAAUUCUGCUGGAGAAAUAAUCAGAGAAAAGAGGAAAACGUCCGAUGUAAACUUACAGGUAAUUGUUGGAGCUGGACAUCAUGUGUAUGCUGAUAGACCGGAUACUUUUAACAAGUAUGUGAACGAUGCGUGCGACGCAGCGGAUGGAGUUAAACCUAAGAAAAUGUUGGCCAUUCAAGGAGUAUCCGAUCUGCCAGAAGAAACUACGAAGACAGAAUCCGAGAAAGAUACGGACCUACAAACGACGUAAUUUGACGACAUAAUCUAUUAUAAAUAUAUAUAUUUUUCGUUU